GUGCCCGGCGCGCGCCUCCCGCCGCCGCACUUUCACUCUCCGUCGCCGCGUUGGCUCCGCGUCCCUCCUGCGUCCGCCAGCCGCCCGCCGGUGCCAUGAAUGCCAAGGUCGUCGUCGUGCUGGCCAUCGUGCUGGUUGCGCUGUGCCUCAGCGACGGGAAACCGGUCAGCCUGAGCUACAGAUGUCCUUGCCGAUUCUUCGAGAGCCACAUUGCCAGAGCCAACGUCAAGCAUCUCAAAAUCCUCAACACUCCGAACUGUGCCCUUCAGAUCGUGGCAAGGCUGAAGAACAACAACAGACAAGUGUGCAUUGACCCGAAAUUGAAGUGGAUUCAGGAGUACCUGGAGAAAGCUUUAAACAAGAGGUUCAAGAUGUGAGAGGCGCAGGUGGGGUCAGACGCCUGAGGAAGCCUUACAGUAGGAGCCCGGGUCUGAAAGCAGUGUUAGGAAGAGCCCGCAGUGGCUCCCCUGCACCCAGGCAGGGCCCAGUGCAUUUCCAAGGGCUUCGUUUUGCACAGUUUGCCUUACUUUCACCAUUUGAUUAUGUAGCAAAAUAUAUGGUGUUUAUUCUUCGUUUAGUUUGAUUAUCCAAUGUCACUGGUGACAGAUAGAAACUUACACUAAGGCCAUUAUUUUACUUGCUUUCUUAUAAUAUCUUCCCCAUGGAGCCCCUUGCCUGGCCAGCGGUUCCUGAGUGUUGUAUCUCCCUGAGCUGUGCAGGCUGGGACCCCCGAUCAUACUGUCCUAGGAUGGAGAGCCACCAGGAGGUAUCAGAGCCAGUCGGCCUGGGCCAAACCCUAGUGAAGGCUGCCCCGUGCAGGGGGUGGAGGAGGGUUAGGUUUAGAGGGCCAGGCAGGAGCUUCACCCUUACCCAGAGUGAGGGCUGGGGUCUUCCCUUUCGGUGAGCAUGGCAGAGCUUCCCCGAGCUGAGGCAGGCAGGAGUGUGAGGCCAAGGUAGGGGGAGAUGCACCCCUCAUCCUCAGCUCUUCUCUACAUCCCAUCACGUUCUUCCCAUCAUUCUCUCUCUCAUCCAUCAUCAUGUGUAUCCAAGACUGUCUCCAUCACCCCGGAAAAAGACUCUCUCAAGACUAAAGCUUUAAUUUAAACUGGGCACCAAGAAGCAAAUCAAAAUGUCUCGUGUUACCCGGUUCUGAAAACACUGUGCACAUCUGUGUCUUGUUCGGAAUAUUGUCUGUUGUCCAAUCCUGCGUUCUUGUUCAAAGCCAGUGUCCUCGCUGUGUGCAGUCAGCUCCUUGUAUGCAAAGGCUCAGAGGCAGGAGAUGCCUUUUGACCAGGUUUCUGAUUAGGGCUGUGAGCCUCUCGGGUGGGCAACCUGGGUUUCUCCACUGAUCACAAACCCAGGAUGGAUCCGCAGAGCCCAAGGGAAUUCGGUUUGCAGCAGUGUUGACCUGGGAGGUACACCAGCCCUCCAUGCUCCCACAGGUGUCCGUAUCUCGGAACCACGGGGAGUUUUGUCUCCAUUUUGCCAAGUGCAUGAUUCUUUUGGCAAUCACGUGAAAAUCAACUCUUUUUUCGUUUUUGAAAACCUGGUCCACAAAACAAUUAAUCCUGUACACGAAGAUUCCUCCCCAAUUAAAAUCUAACCUCAUCUUUUUCCCCACUUGGCAAUUCCAUCAUCUGCUGCCUUGUACAGCGGCCUCUGGACUUGACCACUAGUGUUAUCUUGUGCUUCCAGAACAUCCAUCAGGGCAUUCCUCUUAGAAAAGGAGAUGUUUGGGAAAGUAGGUUAAAACCUUAACAUGUAGAGUGUUUCCCUUUACUGAGACUAGUUUGUAGACUUGCAUUAGACAGUUUAAAAAUCUCACUUUUUGAACAGGUAGGCACUUGAGGGGUUUUUGCUUAUUGUGCUUUGUUUAACAGUUUAUCUAAUACUUUGCCCCUUUGGUUAAACAGCCCAGGAAAAAAUUUUUAAAGUAAGAAAGCAGAAAAAAAGAAGAGCAAAACUAGGAACUGUAUCCAUUGACAGGACACUGUAAAUAACAUGCAGGAAGUAUAUUAUAGUAAAAUAAUCUUGAAUUGUAGGUGAUUUUAGGUAUAAUAAUCUUUGGGUUAUCAGUAACAUGUUUAAAGCAAUUCCAUAAAUAUUCCUUGAAGAUCCUAUGAUCUUCCUGGUAGAAAGACAAUCCAUCAACCAAACAAAAAUCUGUAUCUUCGAGUCAGCUAUGUUAUAUUGAAUAAAAUAGAGUACAGGAACCUUUAUUAGUUAUAAGGAAUACAAAACUGGUCUCAGGACCCUCUUUUUGAAAUUAAAGCUGUCACUGCAGGUCUCCUGAACUAUACGUGAAAUGAUCGAAUUUUCAGUGGGAUGGGCAUUUUCUAAGUAAACCAAGAUAUUUAACAACUCUGAUGGAAAAUUUGGAACCAUCCUCCCCUUUGGGAAUCCAUGAACCAGAACCAUUAAAUCUGUUACUCCCAGAAAAACAAUGGCCCUAAAUCUUGACUGCAGUCAAAUAAAAGAAUCAUUCCUUUCUCCCCCAAAGAGGGAAAAAAUAGAUAAGAGUAGAAACUGCAGGGAAAGUUAUCUGCCUAACAAUUGCCCUCCUUGCAAUCUGCCUCCUAAACAGAGACUGCCCAGCGAAAGCAAAUAUUGCAUUUAAAUAGCCUAUUUGCAAAGGAAAAGGCUCUCCCGAUCCCCUUUUGCUUUAAAAAUACAAGUCAAGUGCAUCCCUUGAUUAGGGUCACCCAGCUGUUCCUCCUUGUCCAGUGCUGCUCCACCUGACCUUCCCUUGGGCUUCCUUGUAACCUGCAGGGCAGUCCUCCCUGGCCAGCCUUUGCAUCGGGACCCAGGCAGCUGCGGGGCUGGGGUGGGGCUAGGACUCACGGAAGUGCUGUGUGUUUAUAUUACGAUUCAGCGCCAUGUGUUGUGUGUACUGUUCUCGUCCAGCCCUGUUCAGGUGCUGAGACCCCAGCGAGGAGGCUCAGGAGGGGGACCCUCUGCAUGUGGUCCUGUCCUCCAGAGAGAGGAGGGUCCAGCUUGGAGCAGUGGGCCUGAAGAGCAAAAAGUUGCAGUCCUACCCCUCUCCCC